AUGACUGGGUCACGAGAUCCCGGAGGGAGCGGUGGUAAAGCCCCAUAAGUUGCCACAGUCGCGUUCAUUUCUUCGAUUUAGUAGUAGGGUUUUGAGCCAUUUCCUUUGGAAAUGAACGCCCCGCGAGCGCGCGCCCGCGUUUACCCACCCACCCCCAACCCCCAUUUGUACUCGCCAGCCUUGACGUGUCGUUCGGAAAAGCCGAGGUCAACUUAUGCGGCCCGUUCUGCGCACUGCCCGCUCCGGACUGGGAUUUGGCAGUGCAUGGACGAUGUGGAGCGGUGCUCCAACCGGCUCAUCGCUCGACGCGCAUCCCGAACGAGUUGCCAUCACUUCCUCCCGAAGCUCGUCACCCCGUCAUGGCCAUGAUGGACUCGUCGCUUCUGAAACGCGUCGAGCAGACCCUGGCCGCCUUCUUGGACGAGCACGAGCUCUCGAGCGCCGUCCUCUCCAAGAAUGUGGAGCUGCUGAAGCAGACGCCAGCUCCGAUCCUGUGUACCCGCGGACCUACGUGCACCGCCACCGUCCACGACCUUCGGAUCCGAGUGCUCGAACCACUCCUCCAAUUCCUCCUGAACCAACUGGAGCUAAAAAGCAACCCCGGGGCGUCCCCAAGUCCGCACUAUCGUCUCCAGUUUCGCCCUCAGGACCCGUCCCAGCCGGAUGGAGUCACGUUGGCCUUGAUGAAGGAUCGUCCUGGAACGUGCGUCGCUCUAAUGGUUAUCCACUUUGAGGAGGAUGACGACUUCCUCUCCUUUGGCCCUCAAACCAACCUGUUCGCGCGAAAAGGCGAGUGCAGGUAUCACCUUCACCACGAUCGCCCGAUUCCUCUCCAGAACGGCGGCAGAAGUCAUGGAGCGCAAGCCAUCUUGAACAAGGUCUAACCUCUGAAACUGAGCUUAUACUGGUGCCCACCCCACUGAUGACCUCGUACUUUGACUUCUUGUGCAGCUGGCGUUGCUGAUGGAAUCGGCGGUCGAGCGCCACCCCGAGACCGGCGAGGUCAUCGUUCCUGUACGAUUCGGCAUGAUCCUCAGCACUCAUUUUGGCAUCUUUGCCGAGGCCAGUGCGUACCCGUCUCGUGUUUUCGUUCUCGCCCGCGCACAGAGCUCAUGUGAUUUGCGCUUUCCCAGUUGUGAAACCGCAGAACCCCAACGACUUCGGGCUCAUUUACUCGCCGCUGUUUCAUACAGUAGGCGCGAUACACUAUCUCGACAUGGAGACCUGCUUCGCGCUCACAAACGGAUCUGUAGCAUUGAUGUUUCUUGCGUCGAUGAUCGAUCACCUCGCUAAAACCCCUGAGCCUCCUUUCGAGGUCGUACAAAGGCUUUUCGGUCAAGCCGACCCAAGUGACGCCAAGAGAUGGACGUUCCAGCGGGAGCCGAGGAGACGCACGCUCAAAACAGGAUGGACCCCAUUAUCGAGCUUGGAAGUCUUCUCUGUAUACCACUAUCGUGUUGAAGCCAAACUGAGUCUCGCAGCCUGGCCAGUACGUCCGCGCAUUACGACUUUUCUUAAGAUUGGAACCGCCCUUGAUGGCCACGUUCUUCCCAUGUCGUUCAGCCUCGAAUUUCCAUCAGCAAUGGCAGGAUGCCACAAACGCGGAGUGGAUACGAAGCCGUCACUUUCGAAGUCGUCGAGACUGGCCCAGCUCAAGACAACAGUUCAAAGAAGCACAAAUCCGAAUCGACGAAGUACAAACCGUGUCAGCGCCUGUGUACCUUGCCCCCAGCCUUGCUGUCUUUUCUACUUGCCUUCAGGCCGGAAAAGCACUGUGGCGACGCAAAGGAAGGGUUUCUGUCAGACUUGGUCAAUGUAGAACCACAGUCACUUCUGCAUUUAGUGCUCCCCCAGUUCAUUGCAGAGGGUGGGUUUGCUGUUGUACGUGCGGGUUUAUUGAUCGGCAGCUCGUCUGUGCCGGACUUGUCCAUGGACGAAUAUCUGUCGUCUUCGAUGGUCGAACAGCAACACAGUGACUCGGACGCCGACACCGAAAUGCAUACUGCGGAAGCCGAUCGACUUGGUUCAUCGACCUGGAUUCCUUGCACGUCCAUUCCGACGGAUCAAGCGGUGGUUUUCAAGUCUUUCUGGGAUGUCCCGAGUGCCGUGCACGAAGCCUUGUUCUAUGAACACGUCUUUCCGCUACUGCCCAGCGAGGCCCGCGCUUUACUCCCGACCUAUCAUGGUGCCUAUCGAGAUUCUAAAGGGACCGAUCUGGGACUCGUUUUGGGGUACGGAGGCCGGCCGAUCGACGAGAAAGAGGUGGACGAGGUCCUCAAGAAGAAAGUGGCGUGAGUCUGGUUGCGCGGAUGUCCUGGUCUCCUCUCGCCGUGGGCUUUGCAGCUGACGUUGUCAACGUCUCGCGCAUGAUACAGCGACGCAUUCAGAGUCUUCGACAAAUGCGGCGUCGAGCACAUGGAUCGAGAACUGCGCAAUGUCCUCGUACGCAACGACGGAUCGUUGUGCAUCAUCGACUGGAACCUCGCGAGACUCAAUUUUGAUCGUCGCUUCCUCAAGUAUGGGACAGAGUUCAGGUGGUGA